UCCGUGUCGUGUGUGUUUCGUGCUUCACAGGCAGACUUACAGCGGCGAAAAGUAAAUUUCCCCACUGAAACGUUGAGGGGCUAGCCGAUUGUCGCUCAGCUUAAUAUUUGCGAUCUCAUGUUCCGUCGCGCACGGUAGUGACGUAGCUUUGGAAGCAGAUCCUUUAGAGUGUAUAAUUGGUGGGUAACAGUGAGAAACUACAAUCGAGUCCAGUGUACUGUGGUUGUGUAUCUCUCUACCUCGGUUUUAGCUACGGUAGAGACUAUGAGCAGCGGCAGCAUGCACCAGGAUUCACUAACCUUGGAUGACAUGAAAGUGGUGGUAUUGGGAAGAAAAGAUCACCUCGUCAAAAUGUCUAAUGGUAGCGGAGGUACCAAUAUGGCUAAUAAUAACAACGUUGCGUUAAUUAAAAACAAUAACAAUGGCGGCAGUAGCAAUAACAACAACAACAACAUUGUGAACAGUGGUAAAGGAUCGUCGAUCAUUUGCAGUGGUGGUGGUGGUGGCGCUGGUGGUUCGGCGAUUCAGGUGGCUGUUUACGCGACGGGUUCGAUCGAAGACAACAAGCUCGGCGCCAAUGAUAAGGAGAAGCUCACGAAGGCUGUCAUGAAGGUGUUCGAGGAGUACAAGUGGACUCCGCCCACUAACGUUGUCAAAUCACCGACAGAUAAGAAGAAAAAUCACAUUAAACGACCGAUGAAUGCGUUUAUGGUCUGGGCGCAGGCCGCCCGCCGCGAGAUGUCCAAACAGGAACCGAAGCUACAGAACUCCGAAAUAAGCAAGGACCUCGGCAAGAUGUGGAAAAAUCUUGCGCCCGACGACAAAAAGCCCUUUAUCGAGCAGGCUGAGAAGCUGCGAAUGACGCACAAAAGCCAACAUCCGGACUACAAGUACCAGCCACGGCGAAAAAAAUCCAAAAAGUUUGGCAAACAUGGUAAACACUGUUGCGAUGACGACUGCGAGGAAGCCAACAGCCCUCCGCCGCCACCGCCAAAACCGCGUAGCACCAAAAAAAGCACCGGUACCGCUGUAAACAAAUCAAAGGGCUUGAGCUCUGGAAAAGCAACUACCGCUAUAACCGGUCUCGGUAGCGCAAGUGCCAGCUGCAGUGAAUUUAUCAACCAACAGACUUUGACAAAGAUUGGCCAACCGACGGAUAUUUUGACUCCUUCGUCAUCUACCUCCUCAGUGGAGCAUUACCCGGGGUUCACAAUUGGCCGAGAAAACUCCACAAAACUAGUCGGAAAUAAUGAAUUAGUCAAUCGGUACUACAGAGUAGUUUCAUGCGAAAUGGAAUCACCCUGCAGUCCACAAAGUCCCAGCGCAGCUUCAAUGCAUUCUUCUACUGAGGGUCAACCGUUGACACCACCGACAACUCCGUACACUGGACUUGCUAACGUCAAGUCAUUUUCACCACAUUCCCGAAUGUCCAGCAACGAUUCCCCCGUUGGCUAUUUCGGUAAUCGCACCGAUUACAUCAGCUGCUCUUCCUCCGAUUACCGUAACGAACAGUGGAGCGCCCUACAUGUCAACAGUGGUUACACAACAGCGGGUGCAACCUCAGCUUUCACGUCUCAAACUACAGCAAAAGACUUCUACCGUUCCUUCCCGAAUCAACUUCACGAUUCCGCAUAUCAUCAUUCGAACUCUGUUUCUCUGCAACCGACAUUAUCCAGCUCUCCGAUCCCAAAUCUUCCCCCAGACUAUGCCUCGAUAACAGUGAUCCCCAAUCAAAGCUACCUGAUUUCCCCACUAGAUCAAGAUCAAGUCGAUAUCGAACAGUACCUGGAUAGCCAAGCCGUAGGUAAAAAAUCACUUACCCAAUACUGCAAACCAGAAACUCCAACCUCCCUGGCCCUAAGUGAAUCUGUCCUCCAUCAUCACCACAAUCCACAACAUCAUCACCAUCACCAUCAACAGCAGCAGAUCUCUCCAUCAAUUGGUGGCCAAUCCAUGGACGUUAUUAGCUCCGACCCCUCCGUCGUCGGCGGAUCUCCAAUCAUCACAUCCGUGAUUCAAGACCCCAGUGCAUCUACCGCCACAUCGGCGCUGUACUACGAAGGAACUCAUGGAGCAGAAAUUGCAUCAGUGGCUGCCAGCAUGCAUUCGUCGUCGUCACCGCAACACAGCCAGCACAGCAUGCAGCAUUCGCACUCCUCCAGCGCUUCACAUCUACACUAUCCACAUCACCUGCAUCAUCACGCCAAUCCGAUGACCUCAAACCUACCGUCGUACUACAACAGCUGGAGUACCGGAGGUUAUGGAGCGAACUCGUGAAGCAGAAAACUACCCAAAUUGUAGAAUCCUCUGUUCAGAAAUUGGAUGCCUUCGUCGUCAUAAUACUUACUCUUCAAACAAAAAAUGCAUUUAUUGCUAAGCGGGAAUUGAUUUGCUCACCAAAAAUUCCCAGCAAACAAUUAAGUUUUCGAAAUUCAGAAAAGUUUAAUCUACAUUCUCAGUUUUGGCGGGGAAUUGCUCAAUGAUAAAAAAAAAACAGUUCAGGCUAUCACAGAUUGUCAAAUUAAAAACAAACUUAAACUUUUAAAACGACAGUGACUUCCGAAUUAGUGGUUGUAAAAUAAGAAGUAGAAACAGUCAAACUAAAUGUUAAGUUUAAUCGUAAACAUUUAUUGUAGGGUUUUUAGCAUCUAAAUCUCUCCCGUUGUUCAUCCCUCACUAUUUCAAGGGAUUUAAAUUAAUUUUCUGUACCUUUGUAAGA